GCGCGGUGCUCUGCGCCCCUCGCCACAGCGCAACUUGCGCACGAGCGGAGGACAGCAAAGCGCGGCCGCCGCCCCCCACCUCCAAGAAUCCGAAUAAGGCGGGAGGGGGAUUGAAGCUCAGUUUCCGUGGCAACCGGUUGGAAGCAAAAGGCGCGCUCCUCGUCUCGGCCCCCGCUGCUGCUUGUGUUGCCGUCGCCAUGUUGAUGCUGGGCCGCGGUCUGGACGCCAGGGACAAUCAGACAAGACAAAUGCGAGAUGCUGUGUCAAAUGUGGAAAAACAUUUUGGUGAACUGUGCCAAAUAUUUGCAGCAUAUGUACGGAAAACUGCCAGAUUGAGAGACAAGGCAGAUCUUCUGGUGAACGAGAUACAUGCUUAUGCAGCAACAGAAACACCAAAUUUAAAGCUGGGAUUAAAAAAUUUUGCAACUGAAUUUUCCAAACUUCAAGAUUAUCGUCAGGCUGAGGUGGAAAGACUGGAAGCUAAAGUGGUUGAACCCCUAAAAUGUUAUGGAACCAUUGUAAAACUUAAGAGAGAGGAUCUCAAGGCAACUUUGUCAGCAAAGAAUCGAGAAGCCAAACAGUUGUCUCAGCUGGAAAGGACCCGUCAGCGUAAUCCAUCAGAUCGGCACGUUAUUAUUUUAUUCCACUACCUACAACAGUCACAGGCUGAAAGUGAACUACAGAGAGCUUCUCUAGAUGCUACUAGAACAAGUCGACAGUUGGAGGAAACCAUUGACAACUUUGAAAAACAGAAAAUACAAGACAUAAAGAACAUAUUUUCAGAAUUUAUAGCAAUCGAGAUGUUAUUCCAUGGGAAAGCCUUAGAGAUUUACACAUCAGGCUACCAAGCUAUACAAAGCAUUGAUGAGAAUGAAGACUUAGAGGUAUUUCGGAGUUCUCUGUAUCCUCCAGAGCAUCAGUCUCGUUUGGACAUUGUCCGCGCGAAUUCAAAGUCUCCUCUCCAUAGAACUGGUUCAUCCAAACCUUGUACUGGAUUAGUUCAGCAGAUUUCCAGGAAUCGUUUAAAAAAGGAAGAAGAGGAGGAAGAAGAGGAAGAGGAGGAAGAAGAGGAAGAGGAAUUAGAAGCCUCAAAGGAUGAGAGAUAGCUUUGGAGACUGGGAAACAAUUUUUUCACAUUGAAGUGUCUAUGUUGAUGUUUGAUAUUAAGACUAUCCAUUAAAAUUAUAAAUAAGGAACCUUUGGUUUUAAUUAAUAUAAUCUUAUCUAAACAAGUAGUUAUUUAAUUGGUUGACCAUGUACAAGACCAUGGACUUUAAAGCAGGCUGCAUAUUCAGCCUUAUAAUCUCUGCAAGUUGAUCAUGGAAUCUGAUUUUACAGCUGAUGAGAACGUUCAUCUACAACCACGGUUCUUAACCUUUCAGAUCUUCUGUCCCAUCAGUCACUCUAUCAAAGUUCCUGGGUUCAUCAGACUGCUUUUUUCUGACAAGGAGAGAUUUUUUAACGAGAAUUCUUUUAUUACUACUGGUGUGGCAAAGCAUCACAUAUGGGCAAACAGGGGCAGCAGGAGACAGCAUUUUACACCAGCAGGUAGAUUUGGGAAUUGAGAGUGAUAAUAGUAACUAUUAUGAAAUUCUCGCAUCCCAACUAGACUAUUUCUACAUCCUGUUGGUGGUACCCACCAAUUGAUAACCACUGGUCUGCAAUAUUAACCCACCAUAGUGGAACCACUCAAAUAAUGGGUCUGUGAGAGCUUUGGUCACAAAUUGUUCUCAAUUUCUUUUUCUCCCAGAUGCCCUAUUAUCUUAGUUGCAUCUUCAGUCACUAUCAGCACAAUCCUAUGCAGAAUUACUCCAGUAAGUCAACUGAAAUGAAUCGCCUUAGACUGGAGUCACUGUUAAGGUUACAUGGGAUACCCCCUGCAAAAAUGCAGCUAACCAUUAUAACUUUGCAGAGAUUUUUUCUGAGUGCAGUUUCAGUAUUUUACAUGUAAGUGCCUUCAGUAUUAUGGAAUAGACUUAAAAUUACUUUGCAUGCAAUUCAGAUAUGGAAACACCAUUGAAAAUUAUUGUGAUGUGAGAAAAUUUUCCUCACAAUUUCUUCUUGCUUCUAAAUGUAUAUUAUAAUGCCAGUAUUAUAAAGACCAUUCUUUCUA